GUGUUGUUUUCAGCUAUUUCUGCAGCAGCUGCUUUGUUUACAUGCGGGAGGAUGAUGAGAUCCACAGAUGGAGGAAGGACUGCAGCAGGUGGAAUUCAUGGGAGGCUGUGGUUGGGGGUGAUGCAGACAAAAUUCCUUAACUUCCCUUUGCAUGCAGGAGAGAAACCGCCCCCUCCUUCACCCCCACCUCUGCUGCAGCAGUAGCAGGAAGAGGAGGGGGAGGAGGAGGAGAAACAAUAACCUGAGAGGAGAGGAGACACCGCAGUCUCUCUGUCUGUUUCUGUCUGAGGAUCUGCUGGAGGCCGGGAGGAGGCUGGCAGAGCGAACAUGUCCUCCCCGCAGGUCUCCUCGUCCCGCAGGCAGUCCUGUUAUCUGUGCGACCUGCCCCGCAUGCCCUGGGCCAUGAUCUGGGAUUUCACCGAGCCCGUGUGUCGGGGCUGCGUUAAUUACGAAGGCGCAGACCGGAUCGAAUUCGUCAUCGAGACAGCCCGACACCUAAAGCGGGAACACGGCUUCCAGGAGGGCAGGUCCUCUGCGAGCGGACCGCCGUCUCUGUCCCAGCAGCCGAAGAGUCAGGCGGUGUUACUGACUGGUAAAGAGCCGCUGCUGAACCACCACCAGACGGACGGAGCGGGGAAGUCUCUGCAGCCGGGUAUGGACCGGUACCCACUCGGAACUGAUAGCCGAGCUCGGUUUGAUUACAUCGGGCACAGCUGCAGCAACAGGCCGCCCAAUGGAUACGGAGGACCGAAUGAAUUUAAAACGGACGAAGGGCCACCGGAGCUGAACCGGCAGAGUCCGAACUCCCGGAAUAGGGGCAACGGAGGGUUCAUGUCGGCAACGGGUCCGAUAAACGUACCACCGAACCUGCUUCCCCAGACCCUGCUGAACGGACCGACCCCCCAUGGUUUGGCUGCCAGAACCCCUUCACAGAGCUCCAUCCUGGUCGGGUCGUUGCCUGGCCAGGUGGGGCUGUCAGAUCCGGGAAGAAAGCGACCCGCCUCGGUGUCGAGCACCGACCAGGACCGGGAGUUGAAGGAGAAGCAGCGGAACGCGGAGGCUCUGGCCGAGCUGAAUGAGAGCCUCCGGAACCAGCAGGAGGAGUGGGCCAGCAAGCCGAAAAGCGUCCGGGACACGCUGGUGGCCCUCUCCGGGAGCACGCCGUUUGACGUCCGCUUCAAAAAGGACCACGGCCUAGUCGGCAGAGUGUUCUCCUUCGACGCUGUGUCUAAAACCGGUUUAGAACACGAGCUGAAGAUCUUCAUCGAGUACCCGAGUGGUUCCGGGAACGUGUUCUCCAGCGCAUCGGGGGUGGCCAAGCAGAUGUACCAGGACUGUAUGAAGGACUUUGGCAGAGGAUUGUCUUCUGGGUUUAAGUACCUGGAGUACGAGAAGAAACACGGCUCCGGGGACUGGCGUUUGCUCGGGGAUUUAUUACCAGAAUCUCUGCGCUUUUUUAGGGAGGGUGUAGGGGAAGACAUGCUUCCCCAGGCAUACAUUGACGACAGCUACCCUCUUCCACCCACUUCCCUUGUGGUUUCUAACCGGGCUUUGGUUUCAGGCAGCGGGGGCAGUAGCUCCAGGGCCAGCGGGAGGAAGAGGAAAGCCUCACCAGACCCAGACCCGGACUCGGACUGCGGCCUGAAGCUGACUGGAGAGCAGCAGAGACAGCAGUGGAUGAACAGUCAGGCGGAGGCCCUCAAGCUCUCCAUGGCCGCAGCCUCCUACGCUGGGCCGCCACUUCCUCUCGCCCCGGGACACCCAGGUGUGCCCUCCGGCCGCACCACGCCCCCAGACACCGCUGCACCUUCGCAUAACAGACAGUCCCCGAUGGCCGCGCUCAUGUCGGCUGCGGACACGCUCGGGAACCCGUACUCCCCCAACAAGGACAGAGACUCGGUUCACUCCACCACGUCUUCCUCCAGACAAAACAGCAGCAGUCCGGUCUCCCCCGGGUCUGGUCAGAGGCGCGUCUCUUCCCGUAGCGGAGAUCUGCUCGCGCCGUCGCAGUCUGCAGGUGGCAUGGAGCAGGUGCACGCGCAGAACGUCCCCGACUCUCCGAUGGCGAACAGCGGGCCUCUCUGCUGCACCAUCUGUCAUGAACGUUUAGAGGACACGCACUUCGUCCAGUGUCCGUCCGUCCCCAGUCACAAGUUCUGCUUCCCCUGCUCCAGAGAGAGCAUCAAGGCCCAGGGAGCCUCAGGUGAGGUGUACUGCCCCAGUGGGGAGAAAUGCCCCCUGCUCGGCUCCAACGUGCCCUGGGCCUUCAUGCAGGGGGAGAUAGCCACCAUCCUGGCCGGAGACGUGAGGGUAAAGAAGGAGAGGGACCCCUGAGGAAGAGAAAGAGAAUGCUUUGGAUCUGCUGCUGCUGAGCCUCAAACCUUGACAUGAUCAAUCUAAAAAUAAACUUUUCUUCGAUCAGAAUAACUUUUUUGGUCUUCAUGCAGGUUCUGAUCCAGAAUCUUUAUGAUGAACUUGGUUUUUAGGUCAGUAAAAAAACAAGUAGAGCUUGUUGAUCUGACCAAAUAGCUGGAAAACUCAACCCAGUUCAGAUUUGCUGCUUUCAUUUUAAAGAAUUUGAAGAAAUUUCAGGUCUAGACAGAACAAGCUGUAAUUUAGGUCUUUUUUUUAUUUAAUUAAUUACAAAUGUUUAAUAGAGAGAAUAAUUACACUUCACAGCUGCUCCAUUGUGAUCAAAAUGCUGUUUACACAAAUCCAUGUGAAUAAUCAGUAUUGUGACAUAAUUUGCACUGCUGAGGUUUUCUUUUAACAUCUGAGUACAGUUAUGUGAUUUCCUGUAUUUUACAGUGGGGUAUUUGUGUUUUUACUUCAACAAAGGAGCCAAAUGUUUCCUGCUACACUGUGUAUAUGUGUCUGUAUGGGAUGUAUUGAGUUCUUGGACAUUUAUAUUUGAUUAUUAGACUAUGCAAUUUGUGGAAAAAUUGCAGCGAGGUUGCAGAAACUGCUGGAGUCUUGUAACAACUGACUUGAAGGUUGAAGCUGAAUCAGCAGACGUGUGUGUGAAGCUGUCAUUCAUCAGAUUUACACCACAUGGGAGCUCUAAUAGUUCUUUUCGGUUCCAUGAUUAUGGAUCUGUAUGGUUUGGAUGGGCAUAGCUCAGUAUGGUCUAGGUAUGAU